GUAAUUUCCUAUUAAAUUUCUGUAUUUUGUUUUUCAACCAUUUAUCAAGAAAAAGGGAGAGAGAGAGAGAGAGAAAGAAAAUGGAAGCUAGGAAUUUUGGUAAAAGAUAAACACAACAACUCCUCCCCUUUCUCUCUCUUUCUUGCUUCUGCCAAUAAUUUUAGAUCGAAUCCCAAACGUAACUCUAUUCUCUUUUGUGUUUUUUAUUAGAUUAUUUUUUUGUUUCGUUUCUUAGAAGGAAAAAAAAAGUCAUUUAUAAAGUCAAGUGUUUGGGAACUUUGGGUUGUUUACGAAAAAGAACAUGAGCAAAGAGAUUGUAAAGGAAGAAGCGCCUUCGUCGUCCCCUGUUGUUUCGGGUAGCUUUGCUUCUCUGAGAAGCGUCCGAUGGCGUAUUAGUCUCGGUAUUUUGCCUUCUUCUUCUUCAGUUGAUGAUCUUCGCAGGGUAACUGCUGAUUCUCGCCGAAGAUAUGCUGGGUUGAGAAGGUGGCUGCUAGUGGAUCCACAUGUUCCAAAGGAUGGAAGAAGUAAAUCCCCUGAUCUUGUCAUGGACAAUCCACUCUCUCAAAACCCAGUUCCACAAAUAGGAGGUAAAUCUCUUUGCCUCCUUUUCGACCCCAUCCUGGUUGAUUGGUUGGUUGGUUUUGAAGCCAGGACUUGGAACUCGUCUUUGUCAAUGGAAAAUGUUCCAUUAAACUCUCCAAUACACAGCACCUGGGGGCGAUUCUUUCGGAAUGCUGAGCUGGAAAAAAUGGUUGACCACGAUUUAUCACGAUUAUAUCCGGAACAUGGAAGCUACUUCCAGACUCCUGGAUGCCAGGGAAUGCUGAGAAGAAUAUUGUUGUUGUGGUGCAUUAGACAUCCAGAGUAUGGUUAUAGACAAGGAAUGCAUGAACUCUUGGCACCUCUUCUGUAUGUUCUUCAUGUCGAUGUUGAGCGUCUUUCGGAAGUGCGAAAGCUACAUGAACACCAUUUCAUUGACAAAUUUGAUGGAUUGUCAUUUGAAGAAAAUGAUGUCACAUACAAUUUUGAUUUUAAGAAGUUUUUAGAUUCCAUGGAAGAUGAGAUUGGAUCUCAAGGUAAUUCAAAGAAAGCUAGGAGUCUUGAUGAGCUUGAUCCUGAGAUACAGACCAUUGUAUUGCUAAGUGAUGCUUAUGGAGCUGAAGGUGAACUUGGUAUUGUCUUGUCUGAGAAAUUUACGGAACAUGAUGCCUACUGUAUGUUUGAGGCUCUGAUGAGUGGGGCUCAUGGUUCAGUUGCUAUGGCAGAUUUCUUUUCUCCCAUUCCUGCUGCUGAGUCCCAGAGUGGCUUGCCCCCUGUCAUUGAAGCCUCAGCUGCAUUAUACCAUUUACUGUCAAUUGUUGAUUCUUCCCUGCAUAGCCAUCUUGUCGAGCUUGGUGUUGAACCCCAGUAUUUUGCACUUCGCUGGUUGCGGGUUUUAUUUGGACGGGAGUUUUCACUUCAAGAUCUCUUAGUUGUAUGGGAUGAGAUCUUCACGGCAGAUAAUAGCCCACUUGAAAAAGACUCUGGAAAUGAUGAGAAUUCCAGUCUUAAAAUGUUCAAUUCAUGCCGUGGAGCAUUAAUAACUGCUAUGGCAGUCUCUAUGAUACUUUAUGUGAGAUCUUCCCUGCUUGCCACUGAAAAUGCAACAACUUGUCUUCAGAGACUCUUGAACUUUCCGGAGACUAUAAAUCUGAAAAAACUUAUAGCAAAGGCGAAGCCACUGCAAAUUCUUGCAUUGGAUUCUAAAAUUUCACCUUUGUCAUCUAUAUUUGAUGGGUCUUAUAACCAUAGCAAAUCUGCAGUUAGUGGUUACAAUCUUUCAUCUCAUCCAGUUUCUCCAAAAACUCCUCUAUCUCUUGUGCCUGACAGUUACUGGGAAGAAAAGUGGAGAGUACUGCAUAAGGCAGAGGAACUAAAGCAAGAUAGUUUAGACAAACUAUCUCCAAGUGGGAAAAAAAGAUGGUCGGAAAAAGUAAAGCUGGUGCUAUCUAGAACUGAAUCUGAUCCAUCGCCUGCAAGAGCAGAGAAAUACAAAAAGGGCCAUAAGUCAUCUGUUAGGCGUAGUUUGCUUGAUGAUUUGAGUCGGCAACUUGGCUUGGAGGAAGAAGAUACCGAAAAGGGAGGCUGUUCUGAUGCUUCCAACUUAGAAGAUCAUCAUUCUACAGAAGCUCAGGUAGAGGGGCAGCAAAAUGAUACUAACAUAGGCUCAAUUUACAGAGCUGAGGAAAGAUGUGAGUGUGGAAGUGGAACUUUUGUCAGUGAAGAAAAUUCCUCUAUUUUUUCUGACCCUUUAAGUUCUGGAAGUGGUACUAAUGACCAUGAAAAUGACACAGAAAAAAGUAGCAUUGCAUCGAAUUUAUCGUCAGAUGAAAAUGAUGAUCACCACCAAAGUAACCCUGAAGAUUCACCUCUGCCAGUUUCCUCUCCUCCUCCUGAAGGUGUCCCUUUAAAUUCUCCGCAUGAGAAUGAAUCUUCAGGGAAGCUGGUCUCAGCCAUGAGGGAAAGAAGACAUCUCCCAGGUAGAUUUCAAUGGCUUUUGAGGUUUGGACGAAACAAUGUCAGUCAGGAGGCAUCGGAUAAAGGAGGAGGUACCAAUGAGACACCAAAAUCUCUAAAUCGUGAUAGCAAGAGCAAUACAGCAGACUCAUCUAUUGCUGGUGCUUCUCGUAAUUCAUCUCUCGCCAGCCAAAGAGAUGUGGACCAGAAUGUAAUGGGAACAUUGAAGAAUCUGGGGCAGUCUAUGCUUGAACACAUUCAGGUUCUUGAGUCUGUUUUCCAGCAAGAUCGAGUUCAAGUGGGAUCAGUGGACAACUUGGGUAAAAACAAUUUAGUUGGCAAAGGACAAGUUACAGCAAUGACAGCUCUGAAAGAGCUUCGGAAGAUCAGUAACCUUUUGUCAGAGAUGUGAGAUUUGUUGUUCUACUUAUAAAAUCUGUAUAUACAUUUUGUAGUUACAUUGGUUUUUUAAAUGCAAAUAAUAAAAUGAUUUUUGUUGGUA